AUGCUUAAACCCAUCACCCUCGGCCUCCGGGGCCUCUAUUUCGUCAUGGCCCUGACCAUCCUAGCCCUCGCGGCAGCCAUGAUCGCGAACCAGGUGUACGACACGCCGCCCGUCACCACCCGCUACAGCACCUUCACAGGCGGGUUCGGCAUGAUCGUCGCCGGCGUGGGUGUCCUGUGCACCUUUGUGUCCUUCGUCCCCGAGCUGGUCCCUCUCGUGCUGGACGGCCUGGCUGCUCUCUUUUUCCUUGGUGGUGGCAUUGCCUGGGCCUACGGCCUCAAAGACACCUCCAACUGCAGCAACUACGAAACGAUGCUCUACAGCCCGCUGCUCAACCAAGGCAGCAUCAAGUUCGGGGACAAGACGGGCUACGGGGUAGCCGCCGGGGAGGACGCGACGCCCGAGUCCAUCAUGAGCGCGCUCAAAGGCAACUGCCAGCGGGCGCAGGCGGACGAGAUCCUGCAGUUUCUGUGCUUUGGGUUGGGCACGGCGCUGGUGGGGCUCGGGUUCUUGCAGAGGCGUCGUGGUGGUGGGAUGCAUUCGGGGGCGUACGUCGCUUAG